UCUUCUAUGUGCAUGCCACCAGCCUCUGUUGUCUCUCAGGCAGAGAGGAGAAAGUUGAUUCUAAUUCGGAGUCACUUCCAGCAGUGUUUAGACACACAGUUUAUAUUUCUUCUUCUGUCUUUUUUAUUUUUUACUUAGGUCUACUAAUUUACCCUGCUUCAUAGACAGACACCAUCCAGCCAUAGCUGCUGGUACUGUAGAGGAAAGACAGGACACAAAUAGGACUGUUACACACCUUUAUACCAAGCUGCUCACCCAGCCAUCACCAGCCAGUUGGUAAAGAUGUGGACUUUUUUCUUAGGGGUCAUAUUUGGAAUACUGGCCUCUGGCAGGACGGAUGAAAUUCAAGUUAAUUCCCGCGGCUGCAGUUUUGUUGGUGUAUUUCUGGCUGAGGGAGCGAGUCGUCACAGUUUGACCUUUGACAUGGCCAAAGCGGUCUGCGAGCAGCUUGAGACCAUCAUGGCAACUCGAGAGCAAGUCGAGCAUGCAUACAAUAAAAGCAUGCAAACCUGCAGGUAUGGUUGGAUCAGCGAUGGGAGCAUUGUCAUUCUCAGACAAAUCGAGCAUGAAAACUGCGCAAAGAACAUGACUGGGCUCAUUUUUCAAGCACCUUCAACUAAUGAAACUUUUGAUGUCUACUGCUAUGAUGAAAACGCUGGUCCUAAAAAGAACUGCAGUCAAGCUUUCAAAAAAUCAGAUCAACCAGCUACGACGGAACUACAGCCUCUGACCUCAGGAACAACAGAUCCAGAAACAACUCCAACUUCCUACUUUGACAGUCAGACAGAAGCAACAUCGGAGAUGAUAAAUACUAUUCCCCCUGUUUCUUCUCAAGCGGAUCUGGGCGAAGGCCGAAUCACUCUAUUUUCCACUUUCACAACAGUGGAGCCAAACCAAACUGAUGGAUCUGGGAUUGAUACAAUUUAUCCAGAGGAGAAUAACACGCCUCCAAUGACCCACGCUGGAACAACAAUGUUGGGUGAAAGGACAGUCACUGAGGAAGCAAAGCCUACUGGUAAAAACCAAAAAACAGUGUUUGAUAGGAACUGUAAUGGGUACAUAUCCAAUGACAAGAAUCUUGCUGAGAGUGAAAGACAAAAGAGCAGCUCAUCAGAUUGGCUGGUUGUUAUUGUUGUUAUCCUAGCAGUUGCUGCAGUUCUUCUGGUGUGUGCAGCCGUGGCCAGAAGAAAAGGCUGGUGUGGCAGAAGACAAACACUGAAUAUAAUCACCAAAGACAGCGGUGAUGGUAAUGGGGUCGCAGUUGUGCCAUCCAGCUCCAACAAUCCUGAGAGAGAACAGGAGAUGGUGACCCUUAUGAACAAGGAGAAUAUCCAGGAGAACGGCACAACAGAGGAGUUCACUGUCAUCACCUAUAGAGGAGUCUCCACAUAAAGACCAGCAGGCCUGAAGGUUGAUCAGGAAAGAGCUGAUGAUCGGGGAAGACUAUUGAGAAGGUGGAAAAGCUGGAGUUGGUGCUCAAAAGUUGUUUGUUGUUUGCUG